AACUAUCUCCAUAGGAGAAGCAGGCCGCCGGAACUGUAUCCCUUUGUAAGAUCAAGCGAUCACUGCGGCUUGACGCCGACGUGGUAAUCUCAAUCGCCAUUUUCAUCAGCUUCUGCAACCAUCAGAUUCUAUUUCAGACUAAGUGUGUGUAUAGUGGACGACAAUUCCUCCUAACUACUAGGUAAGUCAGUGAAAAAUGGGGGGGAAAAGGAUUUUGAAUGAGGCUUUGAGGACUAUUGUCAAUGCUGAGAAAAGGGGCUUUGCUAGUGCUCAACUUCAACCUAUCUCCAAUGUCAUGGUUUCUUACCUCAAAAUCAUGAAAUUUCGAGGAUAUAUUAAGGAUUUCGAGGUAAAUGAUCCCGAGAGAGUUGGGAAAAUAUCUGUAGAACUGCAGGGUAGGGUAAGUGAUUGUCGGGCUUUGACUUACAGACAAUAUUUAAAGGCCCAGCAAAUCGAGGAGUACAGAAUCCGAACACUUCCAAGUCGUCAGUGGGGGUAUGUAGUAAUUACCACGCCAAAUGGAAUUAUGGAUCAUGAAGAGGCAAUCCGACAAAAUGUGGGUGGUCAGGUUCUGGGGUAUUUCUAUUGAUGGAUUUAUUGAAUGCAGGCAAAAACUUGAAUAGUUAGAAAUCUUUAUCCUAGCCUGCCUGAGAUCUUUUUACUUGAGGGAGGACAUAAGAUCUUUUUAGCCAGCCUCCUCCUUGGCCAUUGUUAUGGAAGAUGAUGAUCAUAAUAUUGAAAUGUUUGUUUGAUUCUGAGGCUGCUUUUCUUUGAUUUUCUGUUGAAAAAAGCUGAAUGCAGGAGAUGCUACUCUAAUUUUGUCCAUUUUAAUUAUUCAUGUUUUGUUUCUAUUUAUUCAA